AUGCCUUUUCUUCGCCGUCGCGGCAACGUCGUCAGCGAGACCGACAUGAGGCGCCAUUCCAUUCUUGACAUGGAAUCUGUGCCCCAGCUACCGCCGCUUCCCCAGCACUUUCCUCCUCAACACCCUGAACCCCAACAGCAGCAGCAGCAGCCACACCGUCCUCAAUCACAGCAGCUCCAGAAGCAGCCAGUCGACCCCCAGCCACAAGAAGUCUCUCAAUCGCAGCCGUUGUUACCAUUGUCGCAGGAACAGCGGCAGGAGGGGCAACAGGAGCUCCUAGAGAAGGAGCAGGUGCAGCAUGAUGAUGAGCGGCGCCGCUCUGUAUCUGCCUCGAUUCAGGAACUCCAGUCUACCCUUCUUGCUGUGCCCGCGCAAUCCGAUGGCAAAGCCAACAACUCUGCUGAGCAAAUCCCCGACGAUCUAGAUACUCGACCAGAUACCCCUCCAAUCCAAGACGAGACAACGAAGCACCGCCGGUUCUCUAUAUUGAGGUUUCGCAACGCCUCGGACUCGCAGUUGUCCCUCAGGGUCAAGCAACAGGCUGAGAAGCCCCCCCUGUGCCUCGCCGUAACACCCGAAAUCAUAACAACCGCCCCUACCCUCGAACUACAGAUCCCUCAAAAGAAGCAAUCUCGCAUGCGCCUUGCCGACCGAUUUCGACGCUCUGGUGAAAUACCAAGGAAUAGCGAAGAUGGAGGCGCCCGGGCCAUGACGUGGAAAUCGUCAUCAAAAAGAAAGACGGUGUUGGAAGAUCUGACUUCAAGAAACCGGUCGACUCUUGUGACUUUCGAAGAGCCUGGUCGCCCGUCAUCGUCGAGGGCGCCGACUAACGGAGAACGCCACGAUAUUCCCAACCUAUCUCUCCCCGCAAACCGAGCCUCGGAAUCAUCGCGGUCUGAUGCAAGCUCGGGAGAGCACCUGUACACCCCAAACACGACGGGCAACUCACCCCCGACAGUUCCAGGCUCCAGCUUCUUCCGUCUGCCGCGGAGGAAGAACAAGGUUGUAGCCCCCUUGUUCGACUUGUCACAUCUGCCACAGAAAGGCAAGUUUACGCAUGGGAAUGACGGCGCUAUGACAACACCCUCAUCGCUUGAUGCAUCUCAACCAAAUGCCGCAUCUACAUCUCGAGAGAACACCCCGCGUCCCCAACAGGGAUCGCGCCCUCAGUCGAGUUACAGCGGGUGUGCCGACUCAGUAGCAUCGUCAGCCCAAGACCAGUCAACCAAACCAAAUGCCUCAGCCGCUACCGCUUUCUUCAGGCCAGGGUCAAUUCAUUCAGGGCAGUCUUCGCCGACCCGUACCCGCUUACAGCGCCGAGGUAGGUCAUCGACGAUGAGCUCCCUCGGAAGGGAAUCGACAGAUGGUCAUCUUGAUCCGGGAACUGGACGAACAUCGACAUCAGUUGGUCGAAAGAGCUUCGGCGACCUUUUCGGACUGAACCGUUUGCGCCAAAACUCUGAUCUUGGCCAGGGUCGGCAGGGCAGCUUAACACCAGCGACACCUGGCUCCAACACAUCGAAAAACAACUCUUUGCAAAUUGCGCGCGAACCAAUUGCUCUACCCGAGAAGUUGGAAGACGAAACACCAGUUAAAUACCUUGGUCGGAUCGAGGAGAUCCUCAGUCGUGGAGUGAUUGCUAGUGCGCUAUCUAAAGGAAGCGAUCCGUUCUCAAUAGCAGUUCUCCGCAGCUACAUGCGUCGCUUCAGUUUCUUCGAAUACCCGAUGGAUAUGGCCAUCCGAAAGCUCCUCAUGGAGGCCGAGUUGCCAAAGGAAACACAGCAAAUAGACAGAUGCCUUCAGGCUUUUGCGAAUCGUUACCACGAAUGCAAUCCUGGUAUCUAUGCCUCUCCAGAUCAGGCGUACUUCGUCGCCUUUUCUCUCCUCAUCUUACACACCGAUGUCUUCAACAAGAACAACAAGCACAAGAUGCAGCAGCCCGACUAUCUAAAAAACACCCAAGGAGAGGGUGUCUCGGAUUCAAUUCUGAAGUGUUUUUAUGACAACAUUACGUAUACCCCUUUCAUUCACGUUGAGGACGAUUUAGACCUCAGCAGCGAUCGGCUUUUGGCAAACAGGGCCAAGCGGAAGACGCUUUUCCCGGGAGGCACACCGGAGACUGUCGCCAGGCGGUCAACCCGCGAGCUUCUUGAUCCCUAUACUCUUAUAAUAGACGGCAAGCUGGAUAUCUUGCGGCCGAGCCUCAAAGAUGUGAUGGAACUCGAAGAUCAUUACAACUACUUGGGAACGGCCAAUGAUCUCAACGUGAAAGAGCUGCAGAGAACGUUCUUCAGAACUGGUGUCUUGCAAAUAGUGUCGGCUAGGUCACGGCCAGAUGCGUUCCGCGAUGACAAGGGCUCCACCAAUCCGGCCGAGGCGGCUCAAGGCGUUGUUGAUAUUAAGAUCACCAAAGUCGGCCUUUUGUGGCGUAAAGAUACCAAGAAGAAGAAGACGAGGUCCCCGUGGCAAGAAUGGGGGGCUAUUUUAACUGGCGCUCAACUCUAUUUCUUCCGCAACACCACCUGGAUCAAGAACUUAAUGCACCAGUACGAGACCCAUGUCAAACAAGGAUUCGAUGGCGAGCCGAUCACGUUCAAACCACCACUUCCGGAGUUCAAGCCGGACGGGUACCUGCCGACAAAGGAGGCAGUUGCUCUAGUCGAUGCUACCUACAAGAAGCAUAAGAAUGCCUUCAAAUACUCUCAACCUAGCGGCUACGUCGAGGAAGUACUUCUCGCUGACAACGAGGAGGAAAUGAAUGAUUGGCUUGCCAAGCUCAAUUAUGCAGCUGCGUUUACAACAUCAGGCGUGCGCAUGCGAGGCGUUGUAGGCGGCAACUAUGAAGGUCAGAGCCGGCGCGGCAUCAGAAGACUUGGCAGCUCGGCCUCUGCGCAAGUAAUCCAGACUCCCACAGGCGAUGUCAGUAUCGUACGCGGGAAGAUUGAUCAUAAAGAGGCCGAAUCCAUCCAGGCGCAACGGCGGCAGACUAUGAUGGAUGCAGUUGCCAAAGCUGACGAGGAGAUCGGCCUGAAAGAGCAAGAGCUCGAGGUUCACCUGAGAAACGCCCGACACUUGCAAAUACUGUCCCCCAUCCAAGCCAAAACGAGAGACCAGAUCCUCUCAGCUGCGGCCCAUAUGGAUGUCAAGAUCAAAUGGAUCCGCAUGGAUAUAUGGAAGUCGCGGUGUCAUCGAGAUGUUCUGUUGAAAGAUUUGGCCGAGGAACAGAGUAUGCAGGGCCUAGCGCUCUCCAAGACACAUAAUGGGCACGACCCGCGCGAAGUGUCUCCAUCUCGAGAGAGGCUGUCCCUUUUCGGGGCAGAAACGACAAACAGCGUUGCGCGAAGACGUCGGCGGUCAUCGGCUGCUGUCUCCACGAUUCAGGGAUCAUCCAAAACGCCCCAGGCAGAGCCUGAAUCGCCGGCCACUGAGGCUUAUCAAACGCCGCCAACGAGCGCGACUUUUAGUCCGCAUAAGCACCAGAAUUCUUGGGAUUCCAAGAUAUCUAAAACAUUGGAGCACCUGCAGCACGAAAGACCUGGCUCUAGCCACAGUCAUUCGUCUGUCGAGCCGACUUUCUACAGCCCGAAACAGCACUCGACACCAAAGAAGGAUAAGGGCGUUGAGCAAUCUGCAACGGAUGAUCGCCACGAUGACGUCGACGCCAAUGAGCGGGUCCUUCUGGAGCAGGCUGGUCUCCUCGAUUCGGGUUCACGCGGUAGGGUUCUGCUGGAGAGAAACCGGACCAGGUCGCUGUCCGAGGCUGGAGAUGCAUCCGAAUGGCGAGACGCACCAGGCUCAAUCGACAAACAGGACAAGACAAAGAUCAGAAGGAGCUUGCAACGCACACUCAGGGAAAGCGCCGGUCAUCUCUCACAUCAUCGCAGCAGAAAGGGUAAAGAAAUACCCUUAAGCGGCGGUUCGGACGACACUGGUCGCGAAGACGUGCUCACCAGAGGCACUGGAAGUUUUGUGGUCCAUGGGAAAAAGGCAUCAGUCAUCAACUUCGGUUCUGAAUUACAGCAACUUACUCCGGAAGAACGUAUGAGGCACCGAAAGCAAGAUCAGCGCGACGAGCCUCCAUCCCCAACAAGCCUUGACGAAGACUUUCGCGAUGCUCUGGAUAGUUCAUCAGUCCCCAAUGAGCGACGAGAAUCGGCCGCUAGCGCCAGCACCGCCACAGCAAGAAGCUUCCGCGAGCUUCAUCGCAAAUACUCUUCGGCACAUGCACCAAAACCGCCUAUGUUUGGCGGUCGGCUAUCGGUACCUUCUGAUGGCGAGAGCGAAGCGGCAGUCAGCUUCUCAGAGGGAAGACGUACGCCACUGCCUCCCAUCGAGAACGAAUCCGGAGACGAAGAAGAGACUCAGGUUCCCGUAGACGGUCCGCAACCCAUUGCAAGCACGCAGUCUUUCCCGAGCCCGCAGCUCAUUGUUAGCCCGCAGCCCAUACCUGUGGCACUGGCGAGUCCCUUGAUGACCUCCGAGUCAUCGAGCCCGCCGGAGCAUCAAAAAAAGGAGGGCAGAGGUGGUGAGGGGGCGGAGAUGCAGCGGAUACCCAGUCCGCCCGUACAAGCAGUCAAGGCCUAG